AUGGACGUAGCGAUAAUGUCAAAGCUCUACAGCGUCAAGGCAUCCCUCGGCAAAGGCGAUGGCGUGUUCGCCAGGAAGCCUCUCACGCAGGGAACCAUCGUCAUGGUAGACAAUGCCGUCAUGCUGGUUCCCAAACGCUCGGUGUCCGUAUCAGAGCAAGACAGCGAGGCAGCUUUCGACAAGUUGAGCCAGCGUGAUCAGAAGAUCUUCUUACAACUGCAUGAAGGCACUCGGGCUUACAGUAGCAAGCCAACUCCUGAUGAAAACGCCUCACUCAUCUGCCUCAACGUCUCGAAGAUCAAUCACUCGUGCAGACCAAAUGCAGAGUCCAUCGACGGCACGAAUGCAUAUUCUAUGCGUAUCCGUGCCAUCAAGACAAUCGAGGAAGACGAAGAGAUCUUCAUCAACUACCAGCCGAUGGUUUCCAUGAGUACACGGGCACGGAGACAAAAGUGGCUGGAGUUAUACUAUGGCUUGAAGUGUGACUGUGUCGCAUGCAGUGCUUCGGCGCAAGAUGUGACGCUCAGUGAUGCUCGGAGGCAGAUCAUCUCCGCGCUCACAUUGAACAUCCAAGGCCAUCAGGCGCCGGAUUUCAGCGUAUUCGAUCAAAUUACGUCAGAAACUGCGGAAGACAGUAGCAUACUGAGAGGUAUACCCAUGCUGCCGCUUCGCGAACGACUCUCAUUGGAGGCCUACACUGCCCACAACUUUCUCCUGGCCAAGUUUCUGGAAGCUGAGGGUCUCGAAGGACCAGCGGUUGCGCAGAAUGUCGAGUGCUGGAUGAUGAAAGCCAUCGAGAUCACCGAGAAGGUCUGCGGCAUCGGUUCGUCUGAAGCAAGGGAGUGUCGUCUCGAUUGGCAGAAUAUGCAGUGUGCUAUCGAGAUGAACACUGCCAUGCAGUUCCUGAAGCAGAAGCCCGCCCUGAUCCGCCAGCUCUCAAUCAAAAAGGACAGGGCACGCCUCGAGAGGCUGAUACACUCUGUAGCACUCAAGUACACUUCCACCGGCAAAGGUCAACCGGCACUCAUCAACAUUACCGAGCAAGAACGCAAGGGUUUCCUGCAGGAGCAGGCGACAGAUCUACAAGUCAAAGCCCAGGCCGAGAAGAUCAAGCAGAUGUACUUCGAGAUGUGUGAGCAUCCUCGAAGGUGA